GACAGGUUGAGCUGUCUUCCAGAACCUACAGUCCAUCACAUCCUUCCUUUUCUUGACACCAAAUCCGCCGUUCUAACCUCUGUAUUGUCACGAUUUUGGAGAUGCGUCUGGAAACAUGCCCCUGUUCUUGACUUCAAUCAAUGUGACUUCCAACGUUACUCGAGUUUCUGCAGACAUGAAAGCAAGGUUUUGUCCUGUUGUUGUCCCCUGAAUCUCCGCAAGCUGAGCUUCUUAGACCAUGAGCUUAGGUCGGAGGGAAGAGGCGAUUUUCAGACGUUCUUUGAUAAACUGGCUGCAAACAUUUUGAAACAACCAAUGGGGAAAAAUCAACUAGCAAGUCCAAACAGAACAAUCAAAACAAAAUUUCUACGGUUUACUGUUCCAUCAGGAUUUGAAACAACCUGA